CUUGGAAAUGCUCCAUACGGCACCCCAGAAUGGCAAAAUUGAACCAGACUUUCCAACAGGGGCUCGAAAGACAUUGUUUCUUUUUGAUAAACUUUCAGGCAACCUAAGACCAAGGAAGAUUCAGAAUGUUGUACAAUACGGAGGACAUACUUUGUGGAGGUAGGAGGCGCGGUUGGCCGCACACGGAUGGCGAUUGAAAUAGAUGCCGCCAAGGGCUAGUCGAUGACUCGGUAUCACCACUCUCUCGGUCCCCUACCUGUCCGGCAAGCAGAUGGCCAAUGUAAGGAUGGCAGAAUGGCCGUUCUUCACUUCUCGACUUCUUCCGGCGAGACGUGACGAUGUGGCUUGUCACGGCGGCUUGUUUGGUUGGUUGCAGGAGUGACUUUGACGUCUGGGGUGGCUCAUGCUGAGUAAGCAGUACCAGAUACCGUACCGGCUUGACGCAUUGGUACUUUCACCGGAUGCAAACAGGAGAGCAAUCCAUCCUCCUCUGCCACCACCACCACAACCACCACUAUUACUACCACAAUCACAGCGACGACGAACGGUCAUGAAGCCCAGUUCAGAUCCUGCCUGACCGAGUGCCAAUCGUGCUGGCUUCCUGUCCACCAGAGCAGGUUGUCCUCUGGGGGCGCUCGCCUUCGGAAUUCACCAUAUCUACCUUCUAGUUCGUGGAGAGUCCUCCCUCCCGUCCCUAGAUCGUUGACUGCGAUCGCCUCACCCCCAACUCUCCGCCGCCGUCGUCGUCGUUGUCGUCGUCGCUCUCCUCUUCCUCUCCCUCACCACUCGCCUAGUCUCUGACUCGUGGCGUUCAUCUUCACAUCUUGCUCUUUUGUGUUGCCUGCAACAUCCCUGCCCAACCAAUUUUGCCGAUCAACAUUCCCCGUUGGAAGAGCUCCUCUUAGGGGCUCCCGGCUCGACUACCCUCCAUCCGCCCUUCGUGCACGUCUCCGCCAGCCAUGCCUCUUACUCGCCCUUGAGUUGACCAGUGUUUAAAUUGUAUCCUCAGACGCCUAGCUUCUCUUUCGCUUACCACUCACUUACAAUCCCGACCUCCCUCCCUCCCGACUCAGCUACCUUUCCGUUUCAACAUUUACUUUCACCAAAACCUACAUCCUUCCUCUCAUCCUAUAUUAAUCCUUCGAGCUUGCCAUGGACGGAGAUCUCAGUCUUUCGCAGUCCUUUGGUGGCUUGCGCAUCGCUAACCCCGAUGAUGUGCCCCCUGGAGGUCUAGAUGAACGUUCAAGCUCCGCCCCUCUUCCACCGGCAGAGGCGAAACGGGAAAACGACGUGAAUGUUUCGAGCAAUGUGGCGUCUUCGUCACCGUCGAACACACCGUCGAUGCCCAUGCACCCCCAGCCCCAGGACCAGCAAUAUGCACCUUCACAAAAGCCACCCACUCCACAUCAACUUCCAGACAAUCCCCCUGCUACUUCUGUGAGGCCACUAUCGACUUACUUACCACCGUCGACGAACGGUAAUACAUCGCCAAUCAGCAGAGGUGACUCAUACCGCAUUCGCACGGAACCGUCUUCCCCUGCCCCGGAUUUUCCCUCGAGAAGUGACUCCCGCAGCCGGUCAGCUAUGUUGCAAGCUGGCGUUCCUAUUCGAGACACAACCCAUAGUGACAGGUCGUACAAAGAGCCCCAACAUUAUGGCGAGAAUGCCGCGUUACCACCCAGGAGGAGCUCACGUGCGGUGCACAACAAUUCCAAGCCUCAUCGUUCAGGCUCUCAGUAUAACCCGGAAAACCGGCCUACACACAGUUCUGGAGACUGGCAGGAGCGUGGCUCUGCCGUCGCUGUACGUCAAGAAAUCGACGCGAACGGCAAACCCGUCUCAAAGACUGUUAGGAAGGGCGUCAGGGAUUUCCAAUUUGGCCGAACUCUCGGAGAAGGCUCUUAUAGCACUGUUGUGGCUGGAACAGACCGCCAAACCCUGAAGGAGUACGCCAUCAAGAUACUUGAUAAGCGUCACAUCAUCAAAGAAAAGAAAGUUAAAUAUGUCAAUAUUGAGAAGGACACCCUAAACAGACUUACCGAACAUCCGGGAGUGGUUCGACUAUACUACACUUUUCAGGAUGAAAACUCCCUUUACUUUGUUCUCGAUCUAGCCCUGGGUGGUGAACUCUUGAACUUCCUCAAACGAAUAGGAACCUUUGACGAGGAGUGCACCAGAUUCUAUGGUGCGGAAAUUCUAGAUGCCAUCGAUUACAUGCACAAGCGUAGAAUCAUUCAUCGUGACUUGAAACCGGAAAACGUACUAUUGGACAGCCAGAUGCAUGUCAAGAUUACAGACUUUGGCACUGCUAAAAUCUUGGACCCUCCGCAACGACCAGAUGAGGGUUCUGGAGGCAUCCUUGAUUCAGAUAUGUCUGGCCGAGACAGAGCUAACUCAUUUGUUGGAACGGCAGAAUAUGUCAGCCCAGAGCUCCUUACUGAGAAAAAUGCCUGUAAAGCUAGCGACCUAUGGGCAUUUGGUUGCAUCAUAUAUCAGUUGUUGGCAGGAAGGCCACCAUUCAAGGCAGUCAACGAAUACCUGACAUUCCAGAAGAUCGUCAAUCUGGACUACGAAUUUCCGAAGGGUUUCCCGCCCGUCGCCCGAGAUCUAGUGGAGAGACUUCUCGUUGCUGAUCCCACUCGAAGACUCCCAAUCGAGCACAUCAAGAACCAUGAAUUCUUCAAAGGUAUUACCUGGGGUCGAGGCCUUUGGAAACAGAAGCCGCCUCGUUUAAAGCCCUUCCCCCCAAAUAUCAAUACCGCCCAGUCGCAAAACAAUAGACCCUACCCGCGGGUUAUCACCGAAUUACCCCCUCCAUCGCAACUUGAUAUCGAAUGGUCUCCAGUGCUAACACGACCAAAUGAGCGCAUAUUAAAGAUGGGAAACCUGACCGUUUCGUCAUCGCCUGCUCCUCAUCGAUCCCAGAAUAGGCAUGGAAACGGGGACAGCGACGCUCCCAAGAAGCUCUCUCGAUUCUUCGGUGGUGCUACGACUAAAAAGCGCCAGCGUUUAGUUAUAGCGACUUCCGCAGGGCGUGUGAUAAUUGUGCCUUCCGGUGGAGAUGAAAAGAAAGCAAAACUAGAAGUAUCUCUCCUGCAAUCGGACACUCAUUAUCGAAGCUCGACAGAUCUAAAGGGGCAUUCGUCAUGGAUAAUUGAUACGCGAGACAAACAUCUCGUCUUUGAAGAAGUAAAGUCUUCUUCCGCCGAAACGAACACGUCUGCUCUUUCCACGCAGGAAUGGAUGGAAACACUGGAUCGAUCGAGAGAGAUGGGCGCGUUAAACCCCAGAACAGGAUCUUAUAUGGGUGAUGAAGAAGAAAUUUCCGGAGGAAGAGGGCAACUUACGAAAAACCAAGGCCCUACAGAUUCCGAUUCAGUCAAAGCUAAGAAGCGUUUCAGUCGCCGACAUUCAAAGAACGGUCUCUCGGCCGUUUUCUAGAACGACACUGGGCCUUGACAACCACGAUAUGACCUUGGCCCCUAGGUCAUGCACUGCACCGAGCUCUCUCUGGAUAUACUCUGCAUUAACGGCGUUUGGGGAAAGCUCCCUUGAUCUCUCGCAUUGACCUCAAAACCUCUCACGCCACGGUCUUUACCUUUCUCACAUCAAACGACAUAUUCAUUUCCAUUUGCUGUUAAGUCGACAUUUCCGCCCUCGGGCUACGAGAGAUGACCUACACUGGCUAAUGCCGUCGAAGCGUUCUGCAUGUGAAAAACCCCUGGUUUGGCACAGUUUCUCUUUGCGAUUUCCGUGAUCCAGUUUCAUUGCGUAGCUCUCUCGCCAUUAGCAUAUGAUUAUAUCAUCCCCAUUCCUCCAAAUUUUCGCAUUGUGCAUAUUGAGCCUGAUAUCUUAUUUUUCCCUCCCCCCAGGACUUAGUUUUAUCAUUUAUAUGUGUUUUUGCAUUCAGUUGUCUCCAUUUUCCUCCUUCUUUUUCCUCCCCCUUUUCCAGUAUAGUAGCUUUGCGGUAUUCCUCCCCGCUAUUCACACGCACCGCACCAUGCUUUGACAGAAUCCAUGAUCUAACGUUCUCCGGGCUUAAGGCGGGCUGGCCGGUUUUUUAACACGGUGCGGGCCUGGCUUCCCCUUCCCCCCCCUUUUUUUCUUUGACGUCUAGUUGGGCAGAUUAUCGGGUUCAAGGCAGGCAUACAGCAUUUUUCUACAUCCAGUUCGUCUGCGAUACAUUUUAAUCGCUUUGCGUCUGCGCAAUUUACAUUAUUUCGUCUGAAGAAGGUUUGUUGAUUAGAGCGACUGGUGUAUAUGCAUGAUGAUUCCCCCCAAAACCAAUCCUUCCUUUGUUCUAUCCCCGAUUUCCCUACUGUCCUAGAGGUGGAAUUGAAGCUGUUUCUUCAAGAUGUCUUCUCAUUUUACUCUGGUGUUACCAUAUAAAAUCCAUCCAUCCAUAAGGGGCCUGAUA